CAGCCUCGUUUCCGGUUUGGUAAUUGGAUAAUUGGCAGCACCUGUGAGCCUCGCGGCAUUGACGCUCCCGCCCGUCAGCACUUUUAAAAUUGUGGCCCGGUGUUGUCGCUGAAAGUACCACCAGAGCUUUUAACGAUGCCCCUCGUAGAACGCGCCUCUCUGCUCUUAACGGCCGCCGUCGCGCUGAUGGUGAGCUGCGGCAGCGCUGAAGACUCGAUAGGAGAAGAGAGAGUCCUUGAGCCCUGUCCGAAUGACGGCGUGAAUGUCUUCAACCAGUCCUCCAACAGCUCCACCUUCCUGUACGGCCUGAGUGCCAACAUCGCUGCGGUGCUGCUGUUUGGCAGCUGCACCGUUCCCAUUAAGAGGAUAGAGACCGGGGAUGGAAUGUUCUUCUACUGGGUAAGCUGUGCUGCCAUUUGGAUCGUGUCCAAGGUAGGGGACUUGAUGCUGAGUUCACCCCGAUUCUACCCUCUGGCCAUGCUGGGAGGAGCGAUUUGGGCCACAGGAAAUAUUGCAGUUGUAACUAUCAUCAAAUCAAUCGGCCUUGGUCUUGGGAUUUUAAUCUGGGGGUCCUUCAGCUUGCUGAUGGGUUGGACGAGUUCAAGGUUUGGCUGGUUUUGGAUUGUUCCUCAGCAAGUGUCCCGGCCAAUUCUGAAUUACUGUGGGGCUGGUCUGUGUUUGCUCAGUGGCCUGAUUUUCUUCUUUGUGAAGUCUGAUGUGGCGUUGUGUUCCGAAUCGGAAUCUGUGCCGUUGCUGAUUGACAGAAAAAGCACUUCUGGCAAUUUUGGAAGGCGCGCCUCUCAGUUCUGGAUAGAUGCCCUCAGACCACAGAGUCGGAGAUUCAUGGGCUGUGUACUGGCAGUUAUGGUGGGUCUGCUGUACGGCUCCUGUUUUAUCCCCAUUCUCUACAUAAUGAGCCACUCGCCCUGCCCAGACAGCGUCUACUAUGGAGCCAGCAUCUUCGCUAUGGAUUAUGUGUACGCACAGAACUGUGGGAUCUUCCUCACCAGCACCGUCUACUUCGUCAUCUACUGUGCUGUCAGGAGCAACAAGCCCAGAGUUUAUUCCAGGGCCAUCCUGCCAGGGUUCAUGUCUGGACUGAUGUGGUCGGUUGGCACAUACUGCUGGUUCUUGGCCAACAACUAUCUGAGUCCUGUCAUCACAUAUCCAAUUGUAACUGCAGGCUAUGGUCUGGUUGCAGCUCUGUGGGGAUCUUUGGUGUUUAAAGAGAUUAAGGGAGUUGUGAACUGUUCCAUCUUCUUCUUGGCAUCAUGCGUAGUGUUGGCUGGCUCCCUGCUCACCGCUUUGUCGAAGCUUUUAUAAAAUUAUGUCGAAUAAAGUGAUUGUAAACAAAUUAUAACUUUCUUCAGAAAAGGAAAAAAAUGUUUAGAAAAACUGUCCUGUUUUAAAGCAAUGUCAAGCCCAAAGUGUCACACUUAACACCAGUCUGAUGUCCUGUUUAGCAUGUAUUAGUUCCUGUUGAACCAUGUGAUCACGUGUGCAAAAGAUACAGGGCUGCUAGAUAUUCAAGCAGCUUUUCUACUGAAUUAUUACGUGUUAAAUGUCCUGUCUUGUGUGUCGCAACUGUUGUCUUUAAUAUUGUAUUUGUAGGGGAAAAAAGAGAUUAAAUGUGUUUGACAUUAA